AUGACAUCUUCGAACAAAUUUUUAAAUAUAAAAAAGGAAGACUCCUACUUGGCCAAGUUUACACAUGACACCAUCAUAUUCGCAGAGAACUUAUUUAAAAUUAUUGCGAAGCCUUUCACCCAUGGAGGUUCGUCCGCUUUGGAGGAGUAUGCCGAUGACGGCAACGUGGAGGCCAUCUCCUUCUGUUCGGAGGUGUUACCCUUUUACUGUAAAUCCGAAUUAAUUCAUCGGGGAGACAUCUUCAACGUCCGCUUUGGCCACUCCUGCAUUUUCUACAAGAACAGCAUAUACAUAUAUGGCGGCAACCAGCUCAGCGAGUCCUUCAACUCGAAGCUGAUUAAGUUCAGCACGGAGACGCAAAUUUUCAGCCUGGUGGAAGGACAAACCCCGCCGCAGAGCCGCUACUACGCAACGCUGAACUUGGUUUACUCCAGCGCGCUGAGCGAGCACUGCCUGUUCUUGUUUGGAGGCAAGCGGGGCAAGUACAUCACGAACGACACCUACCUGUUCAAUUUGAGCAACAACAGCUGGAAGCACAUGAAGGUGCAGUUUUCCCCCCCCCCGGUUUUCGGCCACGUCUCUUUUAAGUACAAGAAUAUCAUCUUCAUCCACGGGGGGAACAUGGGGAACCUAAACGUGAACAAUGACAUCUGGUGCUAUUUCGAAGAGGAAAAAAAGUGGGUCAAAAUUAUGAGCAAGGAUGAGUAUUACAAGAAGGAGGUUUAUAAGCCAAGUGCCCGAUUUUUCCACUCGUGUUCUGUGUGCAUAUCUAACCAGGGCAACGACGUCAGGGCGUUUAUCUUCGGGGGGCUGAACGCCAACAACAAGUGCGCAGAAGACACCUUCUGGUGUUACUCCCUGGGCAACGGGAAGUGGACCCCAAUUGAGAAUUCCCUGGGGAAGGUCCCCGUGGAGCGCUUCGGACACAGCUCCACAGUCCUGAACGACAGGUGGUUCCUCCUCUGCGGGGGGUACAACUUCUGUUGGUACUCCAAGUCGGAGCUGCUAGACAUCCACGCGUACGACAUUAACCUGAACACCUGGUCAAGCCUGAACGUGUACGGCACGCCCCUGGUCACCCACCACUUUUACGGGAAAAUCAUCCAAGUGGACGAGAGCGGCUACUUCUUCAUCUUCGGGGGGCUGCGCAACAACGAGACGUCCAGCAAGAUUUACAAAUUCACGCCGCUCCUCGCCUCGCCGUACUUCAAGCUCCUACGAGACAAGAUAGACGAAAUGGAAAGGAAGGUCCUCUACUUGGAAAAGAACCCACUGCAGCUACUGAACCCGUCCUACGGAAGAGACAUAAACGAAAUAAAAGGCACCCUCAGCGGAAUCUCCUUCACCCUCGUGAGGUACAUACAGCUAGCUAGCGACAUAAAUGAAAAAAUAAAAAUUUCAAAUGAACUUGCCCAAAGCAACUACCCACAAUUGGCCGAAAAAUUUGAGCAGUAUAACAAGCAGUAUGACUCGUUGGUAAACAGAAUCGAUCUGCUCGAUAGCACUCUGUCCGUUUCGGACCUCGACGUCAGGGGGGGCAAUGAGAAUAACCUGCGCAAGAGUAGCUCCAGUUUUACUCUUUCCAGCGAGGUGAGCGGUGAGGGAAGCGGCCAGCAGAGUGAGCAGCAGAGUGGGCAGCAGGGCGGUCAGCAGAGGCGGUCAGCAGAGCGGUCAGCCGACCAACGUGUUGUGAUGCCAAGUGCAGGGGGAGGGGGACACACCUUCACCAUGCGGAAUGCUCCCUCCACAGGGUUGCCCAGUUUGACGCUUCCCUCUCAACAGUGAAGGACGGGUAAAAAAAUUACACCACCAUUUCCCUGUUAAUCAAGGCACUGUGUGUGCCUUUUCCCCCCUUCCCCUGCCGUCGAUUGAAGAAUGAGCCUUUUAACUUUAAAUACGUCACUGCAUCGGCUCAGAGGCUUUUUUUAAUAUACACAAAUGCGUUAUGGCAUAAAACUACCUAUGGGAUCUGCCCCAUCGUAAGCAAAUCGUCUUGCGGUUCUACAAUCG